AAAAGUUUACAAAAUGAGUAGUUACAAAAUAUUCUAAAUAUGCAUAUGUAUGUAAUAGUUACAGUGAAAACUAUUGACCAUAAAAACAUAUGUUAAAUACCUUGUUAAACUAUUGCCUAAAUACCAAAAAUAACAUAGUACUCAUGUACGUAGUAGUCCCUCAUGGUACACCUGUAUACAAAUAUGUUUUGUUCUAACAAGUAAAAUGCCUGGCAAAAAUAAUUUUUCAUAUAUAAAUGUUCUUAACAAGUAUGUAAUGUGUGAUCAGAUUGUUCGAAAUGUAUUGCGCAAAUAUAUCAUAUAAUUCUGAUAAACUACGUCUUCUCAUUGCAUUAUCGAAAUUUAUCAAAGGGACUAAUUGUUUUAAAUUUCUGAAAAGAAGACUCCCUACGCAAAUUAUUAAAAGGUUAGAUGAACUUGUUAACCUCAAGUGCAAAAUUAUAUCAGAACGAGUGAAACUGGAUUUUUAUAAAUCUUGCUUAUCUAAUCACAUUUUCCCGAUUCAGUUAUAUAAGAAUCUUCGUUCAAGUAAAUUACAACCAAAUAUUCCAAAUCUUAUUAGACUGACGAAAUCGUAUAUAGACAAAUGCCAUGAUAAGUUGAUCAAUUUAAUUGAACUUCAUACUCAAGCAUUACCUGUAUUAACAGAAUUGUCUAUAGUUUGCCAUAUCAAAUUCAUCAAUUUUUGUAGUACUGUCAUUUUGAAAACAAAAGAAGGGAUAAGGAAAAAGCUAGAAAAAUCUUGCUGCAAUAAUAAUAAUCUCACUUCCUUCCCAAUCAAUCCUGAUAAAUAUGUCACUAAUUUGUCCUCCAUUGUAUUGUCUGUUCAUGAAAAGGAGGCAUUGUCCUUGGGUUUAAAAUUUUCUGUUCCUAUAACACAAAUCUCUGAAUUGACAGUCAAUGCCCAAUUUGAAAACCUCUAUGAUCAAUUGUGUACUUUAACCCCUUCGUCCUUAGAGAAUCAAAGUUGGUUUAAAGCCAAACUAGUGGAUAUAGCGCAUCAUUUUCAUUCUUCUGGACCAAAGCAGAGAAGCAUAUUAACUUCUCAGCAUUUCAAAUCAUUAAAAGAAUUGCGAAAUAAUGCCGAUAUUAUUAUACUUAAACCCGAUAAAGGAUCUGGUGUUGUUAUUAUGAAUAAGUCAGAUUACAAAAAUAAAAUGGAAUCCAUUCUCAGUGAUAAAAGCAAAUUUUUGGCUGAUGUUGACUUUGAUGGAUUACGUAAAUUAGAAAAGAAAGUGAACUCGAAUCUUGUGAAAUUGUUAAACAUGAAUGCUAUUAACAAAGAUGAGUUUAAUUUAUUAAAACCUAUGGGUUCGGCAUAUCCUAAUUUAUAUGGAUUACCGAAAAUUCAUAAGCCUAAUAACCCCCUACGUCCAAUUCUAUCUAUGUGUCGGUCACCUACACACAACCUGGCAAAAUGGCUUACAAAAUUAUUAAACCCUAUCAGAAAUCAAUAUUGUAAGUAUUCUUUGACUGACUCAUUCGAAUUAAUUAAUUACUUAAAGGAUAUAAAUAUAAAGACAAAGACAAUGUGCUCCUUUGAUGUAAACACUUUAUUUACAAAUGUACCUCUUAGGAAAACCGUUGAUAUUUUGUGUGACUUUAUUUCUUCGGAAAACCUUCCACUGCCUUUUCCUGUUAAAACUCUUAAAGAUUUAUUAUUAUUAUGUACAGAUAAUGUAAAAUUCACAUUUGAAGGUGAACACUUCAGACAAAUAGAUGGUGUAGCUAUGGGCAGCCCUCUAGGACCAUUGCUAGCUGAUGUGUUCAUGGGAUAUGUGGAAAAUUUAGUUGGAGACUCAAUUCGAAAGAUGGGUCUGUAUAAACGAUAUGUAGACGACAUAAUAAUCAUAGGUGAUAAAAUUGAAGACAUAAGCCACUUGUUAGAAGAAUUCAAUAGUAGUCAAAACCACAUUUCUCUUACAUGUGAAGAAGAGAAGAACAACCAACUUCCUUUUCUUGACAUCCUGAUUACUAGGAGAGAUGAUGGUUCCAUUAAACGUGCUAUAUAUAGAAAACCAACAUGGACAGGACAAUAUCUUAAUUUUCAUAGUCACUGCCCUAUUCAUUAUAAACGUGGUUUAAUAAAGAGCUUAUUCAAUAGAAUCAAUCGUAUUUGUACUAGUGAUACUAUUGAAGUAGAGAUGAAGCUCUUGACUGAUGCGUUAUUCAAUAAUGGUUACCCUCUGAAGUUCAUAAACCGCUGGAAGGGUUGCAAUAUGACUAGAUCUAUGACGCUUCUGGCACCCAAAAAGCGAGUUUAUAUUACGCUACCAUUCAGAGGUGACACAAAUAGUCUCAUGUUGAAACAGAGACUUAAAUUAGCUAUCAACCGGACAUUUUAUGCAGCCCAACUUGUCAUUAUCGAAAAGACAAGGUCUAUGUUUCACCAAAAGCCCAAACAGCAUGAAAAUGAUUGUCACAUCCCAUUGUGUCUAUAAAUUUACAUGUAUGUGUGGAAACACGUACGUAGGGAGGAGCAAUCGUGAUUUGUAAUUAAGGGUGGGUGAACAUAUACCAAAAUGGUUGCAAAAUCAGAUGAAUUCCAAUGGUGAAAUAAGACUACAGGAUAGACAGACAUCAUCAUCCAUUGCGAAACAUUUGAUUGAGACGGGUCAUAAGGUUGAUAUCAAAUCAGCAUUUGUUGUGUUGUACAAAAGCCUUCAAGGACGUAUACUAAGGUUUAUUGAAGCCUUGGCUAUACGAAAAUUGAAACCCCCUUUAUGUGUUCAAAAGCAAUUUGUACUUACACUUAACCUACCCUGGUAGUACUGAUUUACUGUCCAGAGUGGUAAUCACAUUUGUUUUUGUGUACUUUAAUAUUUUUUCCUUUGUUAUGACUUACCCUUAACCUGUCUAGUUGACCUUUUAAUUUUUCAUAUAUAAAUGUUCUUAACAAGUAUGUAAUGUGUGAUCAGAUUGUUCGAAAUGUAUUGCGCAAAUAUAUCAUAUAAUUCUGAUAAACUACGUCUUCUCAUUGCAUUAUCGAAAUUUAUCAAAGGGACUAAUUGUUUUAAAUAAAUAUGUAUCAAAAUGAGUUUUUUGGAUAUUGUAGUAAUCUUAUUGGUCGAGAUCAUGAAUCAUUUGAAGCUAGACAACCAUGGAAAAUAUGGAAGCACUGAACGGUUGUUUCAUCCUAGUAUGAGACUCCUCAGCAGCGGGCAUUCAUAUGUCAUUUUUUAAACUUAUUAUCUACUUUAAUCUUAUUCUCAGAUGAUUGAUUAAAAGCAUACAUUUUCGAGAUUUGAGAACGUAUAUGUAAGUGUUCGCUUAUCUUGAACAUUAUUUAUUUGGUUGUGUAAUCUGUCAUGAAUUAAUUUUCUGACCAAUUUCUUGAUUAAUUCAUUUAUCACAAGAUACAUUCAUUUGUCUCUUUCACCGUUCAUUUAUCUGCUAAUUAGUAUGCUUGACAUAAAUCUUUUAUCUGACA